AUUAUUGAAUUAUUCAGAUAAAACAAAAAGGAUCGGAUAGACGAGCUUUUGACCUCGACAAAUCGAGACUUGUGUGAAUUUUUUUUUAUUGCCCGAGUUUCGUGAAAUAAACAUAAGACCAAAAGAUGUUUGGAGUGGUUCUCAUCAUUCUUGUUCUCACCCUCAUCUACUACCUCGUGACCAAACCGUACAACUAUUGGUCCAAAAAAGGCGUACCAACCGGCAAAAUCGUACCAAUAUUCGGCGAAAAUCUACGAAUAUGUUUGGGCAAAGAAUCACCGGCAGAGAUGAUACAGAGGAUGUACAAAAAACUGGACGGGGUUAGGUACAUUGGAGCCUAUCAAUUUCACGUACCAGUGUUAAUUCUGAAAUGUCCAGAACUCAUCAAGCAGAUGUGCGUUAAAGACAGCGAUCACACUUUGGAUCACGGUGAUUUGAUUCUUGCCAGUGGCGACGAGCUCUGGUCCAACAGUCUUGUGUCUUUGAAAGGGCAACACUGGAAAGACAUGCGCGCCAUCGUCAGUCCUGCCUUCACGGGCAGCAAGCUGAAAUCGAUGUUCUCCUCCGUCUGCCAGCACGCCAAAGCCUUCAGCCAGUACUUCCUAGACAAAAACCAAGACUACGUCGAGGGCGAAUUCAGGGACGCUUACACCAGGUACUGCAGCGACUGCAUAGCCCACAACGCCUUCGGCGUCCAAGUGGAUUCCAUGAAGGACAGGAACAACCGGUUCUACAGCAUGGCUUUCGAUUCCUGCGACUUCACGAUCCCUUGGAAGAAGUUCGUCUUGUUCCUGUACCAGCUGUUCCCGAAAAUAUCCAGGGUACUGGGAAUGUCGGUGUUCGGGAAGGAGGUGAAGUACUACUUCUUGAAUCUGGUGAGGGACACCAUAAAGGCGAGGCAGGAGCACAAGGUCAGACGCCCCGAUCUGGUGGGUCUUCUCAUGGAGGCUAGGGAGGAACAGACCAGGGAGAGUUUGGAGAAUAAGGCGCCGCACGGGGAGACGUCAAGCGUGAGGGCUUUGAAGCAGAAGCUGACUGAUGACAACAUAGCAUCCCAGGCUUUCGUGAUUUUCGUGGGAGCCUUUGAGACGGGUUCCAUCACCAUGUGCUUCAUGGCUUACGAACUGGCGACGAAUCCCGAAUGCCAGAAGAAACUCAUCGAGGAAAUAGAUCAAUGUUGCGCGGAAAACGAUGAGCCAACAUAUGAGGCUAUCAUGAACUUGCCCUAUUUGGACAUGGUCGUGUCUGAGACCAUGAGGAAAUGGCCAGGCUCCGUUGGAAUAUCCAGGGUGGUCACGAAACCUUACACGAUCCAGCCAAAACUACCCAACGAAAAGCCGGUCCAUCUGGAGAAGGGAAUGAACAUAACCAUCCCGAUCUUCGGCAUCCACCGCGAUCCCAAGUACUUCGAGAACCCGGACAAGUUCGAUCCGGAGAGGUUUUCACCGGAGAACAAGGAUAAGAUAGACCCCAACACCUAUCUACCCUUCGGAAUAGGUCCCAGGUACUGCAUAGGGUCCAGGUACGGCCUGCUGACCGUGAAGAGCGUGUUCUUCUUCUUGCUGCAGAACUUCGAGAUAGUACCAACGGAGAAGACGCAAAUACCCCUAGUUAUCAGUAAGGACUCCAUGAAUCUGACUUCGGAGAAUGGAUUUCCGUUGGGUAUGAGGAGGAGAAAGAAAUUGGGGAAUAAACAUUGGAUUUUAUCUCUUUGUAUAAAAGGAGAUAUUUCAUUGAAUCUUUCAGUAGUUAUGCUGCUGUUACGUGUGCUCAUCUGUUUGAGCCUAUCGGCUCUGAUAUGUGCCGAAAAAGAUAACCAGAAUGAAAAAGAGUAUGCGGUUGCCGAUAAAGAAUUCGUGAGGAAAUACAAACUCAUCCUCCAACUUUUCGACCACAUAAACCAACCGAGCUUCCACAAGAGCAUCGUAGACACAGCAGCAAAGUUCGACCUGGAUAAAUUCCUGGAAGGCUACGAGAAGAAAGAUGUGGCUAAGAAAUUCCUAGUCGAACAUAAUAAGGGCCAUCUAUCACGCAGCGCCAUCUUCUCUGAAUUCAACAAGGAUCACAUACUCGAAGCCAAGGCUCUCUUCUCCUUAUUCUACAACGCGAAAGACUUCGAGGCUCUAUUCGAGGCAGCAUGUUGGGCCAGACAGAACCUAAACGGAAGACUCUUCCUCUAUUCUUUGGGCGCUGCCUUGACCCACAGAGAAGACUGCAAAAGCUUCAGCAUCCCCCCCAUCUACGAAGUCACUCCUCACUUCUUCUUCAACGCCGAGACCAUCCAGAAGGCCCAAGAAUACAAGAACAAACACUGCAGCGGCAAGACAGAGUAUCCCAAAGAUGCAGACGGCUUUGUAGGCUACACCAUAAACUCCAGUUACUCAGGGCAGUACCUCAACCUCCACCCUGACCAAGCUUUGAUGAAUUAUUACUUGGAAGACGUGGGUAUAAACGCUUUCUUCUACUACUAUUACCUGUAUUACCCUUACUGGUUGAGUGGGGAGGAACUGGGACAAAACGAUGUGUUCUACAAGCGUGGUGAAGUCUUUUACUUUCAUUCCCAAGAGUCUGCAGCGAGGUUUUACAUCGAGCGUUUAGCGAACAACCUGGGAGACAUACCGGAGAUCGAUUGGGAUUUACCCUUGGAAGCUGGUUUCAACCCAUCGAUGCGUUAUCCAAACGGCGUGGAAUUCCCGACGAGGCCAAACUUUGCUGAUCUGAGGCAAUUCUUCACCAACCAAGUGAAGAAACAGGGUCCUUCAAGGGAUUACCAACACAGUCUAACCUUGAUCAAGGACUACUCGAGAAGAAUCAGGGACGUAAUCGAUGAGGGCAUCAUUCACCAAACGAAAGAUGGAAAACCCAUCAAAAUACUCAACGAAGAAGGUCUAGACGUGUUGGGUAACAUGGUGGAAGGCAACGCGGAUUCCCCCAACCGAAGAUACUUCGGAUCCAUCCUCUUCUACGCGCGUCAUCUCCUAGGCUUCUCCUCCCAAUCCAAGGACAAGAACGCCUUGGCUCCCUCCGCCCUUGAACACUCCGAAACGGCCUUGAGAGACCCCGCCUUCUACCAGCUGUACAAAUACGUCUGCUCCUUCUUCCUCAGCUACAAGAGCUCCCUCCCGCCCUACACCAAACAAGAUCUGGAGUUUCCGGGGGUUUCCAUAAAGAAGAUCAAGUUCGACAAGCUGGUCACGCGUUACGACUACUUCUAUUCCGACCUGUCGAACGCCGUCGACGUUACCCAAGAAGACGUGGACCAGGGGGGUUUCAAGGCGAGGGUGAGGCAGUACAGGAUGAACCACGAGCCGUUCAAGUACAGGAUCUACGUGGAUUCGGAGAAGGAUCAAGUGGCCUCCGUUAGGGUGUACAUAGGACCGAAGUACGACGAGAGGGGCGAAACUGUAGAUAUGAACGACAACCGGAUCAACUUCAUCCAGUUCGACUAUUUCCCGUUCAAGCUCAAGAAAGGCCAGAAUGUCAUCGAGCGCAGCUCCAAAGAGCUCUUUGAGUACUGUGACGAACGCACGCCUUACAGGGAGACCUACCAGCAAGUCCUGGACGCAGAAUCCGGUAAAGAAGAGUUCAAGAUACGCCCCGAUGAAGUCUGCUUCCCCAGAAGAGUCGCCUUACCUAAAGGUUCGGUGGGUGGUACACCCUUCCAGUUCUACGUGAUGGUCAGUCCUUACAAGAGCAACGAGGUUGGCGCCUCCUACGAUGACACCCAUCAAUAUCCCGUCUACAGGAUGGACGAGUACCCACUGGGUUAUCCUCUGGACCGACCGAUGGAGAACGACGAGUGUUACAAGUUGCCGAACUCGCGUCUCCACGAGGCCCUGAUGACCUUUGUAGCCCUCUUUGUGGGCGCCAUCACCCUCCUGGUGUUCCUGAUGCUCAGGAGAUUCAAGUACUGGGAGAGAAGGAACGUACCAACCGGUAAAGUGAUACCUUUCUUCGGCGACAAUUACGAGAUCUGCAUGGGUAUGACAUCUCCUGGUGAUCAACUCCUCGAUAUGUACAACAAGGUACCGUCGGACCACAGAUACGUCGGCGCCUAUUUGUUCCACGUCCCGAUCUUACUAUUGAGAACGCCGGAAAUGAUCAAACAGAUCUGCGUCAAGGACGCCGAGUACUUCGUAGACCACGGUAACAUCAUCCUGAACAGUUCCGACGACCUUUGGCAAAAGGCUCUAUUUCCCUUGAAAGGUCAAGAAUGGAAGGAAGUCAGACAAAUACUGUCCCCAAUCCUCAACGGCAACAAGGUGAAACUGAUGUUUCCUCUGAUAGGACGCCACGUCAAGAAUUUCGUCGGUUUCAUCGAGGAGAAGAAACAGGAGAUAGCAGAGGUUGAUUUUAAGGACGUCAUCCUGAGGAUCCUCAACGAUAUAUCAUCAGAUGCUGCCCUGGGGAUGGAGGUUGAUUCGUUCAGAGACGAGAAGAACAUAGUUUUCGAGGUGGGAGUGGCCACAUGCAACCUGAGCAUCCCCUACAAGAAACUGGUGUUGCUGCUGUACACGCUGUGCCAAAGUAUUCCCAGAUUCUUCGGCAUGUCGCUAUUCGGUACCGGCAAGCAUUUCUUCAUAAACGCGGUGAAAGACACGAUAAAGAUGCGAAAGGAGAAGGGCAUCAAGAGAGCCGACAUGAUCGGCAUCCUGAUGGACGUCAGGGAGGAACAGCUCAAGGCCAAAGCAGAGGCCGGAGAAGACGGCAAGAACAUGAGGGUCGUGACCGACGACGAGAUGGCAUCUUACGUCUUCGUCAUGUACUUCGGCGUCAUAGACUCCGUGACCACCCUGCUGGCCUUCCUGGCCUGGGAGCUGGCUAUGGCUCCGGAAAUCCAAGAGAGACUGAGGAAGGAGUGCGACAGCACGCCUGGUGACGGCGGUGAGCCGACCUAUCAGGAUAUAUUGGACAUGAAAUACAUGGAUAUGGUCAUCAGUGAGGUGCUCAGGAAGUGGCCGGGAGCCAUAGCCUCCGACAGAUUGUGCACCAAACCCUACACCAUCGAGCCUGAACUGCCGCACGAGAAACCGGUGCACCUGCAGGUCGGCGAUACCAUCCUCCUGCCCAUCUACGGCAUCCAUCGCGAUCCCAAGUACUACGAGGACCCUGACAAGUUCGACCCGGAGAGGUUCUCCCCGGAGAACAAGCACAAGAUACACCCCAACGCCUAUCUGCCAUUUGGGGCCGGUCCGAGAUACUGCGUCGGUACCAGGUUCAGUAUGCUGGUGAUGAAGCUGAUAUUCUACCACCUGCUCAGGUCCUUCGAGAUCGUGCCCGUCGAGAAAACGACCAAUCCCCUGGUGAUGGACAAGGAGGCGCUCAGUCUGUACCCCGUCGGAGGUUUUCCGCUAGGUCUGAAGAGCAGGAAGUGAAGGGGAUGAAGAUCAUGAUGUAUUUAUGUAUAACCAAUGAUUGAUAUGUAAUAGGAGUUAACGUUUGUCUUUCUUCGGUUCAUUCGUUCUUCCAGACUCGUCUUCGAUGUUGUGUGGAACUUAAUUUUAACUACGAGGAGGGUUGUAUCGAUGUUGUCUUAAUAAUUUGAUCAAAUAUCGAAGAGAGGUAUACUGUGACACCUCUCUUGUGCAAUUCAACAAUAACAUGCAAAUUCGUACUUGAUGUGUAAUUAAUAAAAUGAAGAAUAUAACCUCUAGAGCA